AUGACCCAGUCGAACUUACUAUCAAAGACUUUCCGCACCAAGUCGGGAAAAGAGGUUUCCGUUGCUCUUGGAACGGGUACGAAAUGGAAACAACAACAAUCAAUCAAUGAUAUCAGCACCGAAUUAGUUGAUAACAUUCUUUUAGCAUUGAAAUUGGGAUUCAGACACAUUGACACCGCUGAAGCUUACAACACCCAGAAGGAGGUUGGUGAGGCGCUCAAGAAAGCUGACAUUCCCAGAGAAGACCUUUGGGUUACCACAAAGUAUAGUCCUGGCUGGGGACCAAUAAAGGCAUAUAGCAAGUCGCCAAAGGAAUCGGUAGACAAAGCAUUGAGUCAACUUGGUGUUGACUAUAUUGACUUAUUCUUGAUUCAUUCCCCCUUUUUCACCACCGAACAAACCCACGGUUACACUUUGGAACAGAUCUGGGAAGCUCUAAUUGAGGCAAAGAAAGAGGGGAAAAUUAGAGAAAUUGGUAUUUCAAAUGCUCCCAUUCCUCACUUAGAGAGGCUCUUUGCAGCUUCUCCAAGUCCCGAGUUCUAUCCUGUUGUAAAUCAAAUUGAAUUCCAUCCGUUUUUGCAAAAUCAAUCAAAGAACAUUGUUGAAUACUGUCAAAACCACGGUAUCUUGGUAGAAGCCUUUUCGCCAUUGGCGCCAUUGUCGAGGGUUGAAUCAAAUGCUCUUGCUGGGACUUUAAAGACAUUAGCUGAAAAGUAUAACAAGACCGAAGCUCAAGUAUUGUUGAGGUACACUUUGCAAAGAGGAAUUUUGCCCGUCACCACCUCUUCGAAGGAGAGCAGAUUGAAAGAGUCUUUAGACUUGUUUGACUUUGAAUUGACUGAAGAAGAGGUUGAGGAAAUCAGCAAAAUAGGUACGGCCAAUCCGUAUAGGGCAUUCUUCAGUGAGCAAUUCAAAGACUAUUAG